GCUAGCUAAUCUAGGCUACAUGCUAAAUUACAGCUGCUAGAUGGCUACCUCGAUUAGCAUAUUUUACCUAGAGAAAUCAGAUUACUUCUCUCCUUGAUAUCCAUAGGUGAAUAGUUAUUACAUAUCAGAGAUAGUACUGUCAGUAUUUCUGAAUAGGAAAAUAGCUAGCUAAGCAUAGUUAAUAAUUUGAUGAGCAGUUUUGUUUAAAGUAUCUGAACCGUUAUGCACUUCACUUAAUGUUAGCUGCAUGCUGUGAGUUAGGAGUGCAACCAUUUUCUUGCAUUUAGAUUUGCAAGUAAAGUUAGCAAACCCUCUACAGGUGAAUAAUGUGGUGGUGCUGUGUAAAUUCAUCCAAUAUUGAAGUGUUGUGGGAAUGUUGCAUGCCCUUUUCCGCUUUUCCCCUUCAGUGCGGUGUCCAGUUCCAAAUGGCUUGAUGCACACUAUGAUCCAGUUGGCAAUUUAUAUACUUUUUCUUCAUGCAUCACUCUGGCAGACUUGCAUGGAGAUGGUGAGAACAAGAUGGUGGCACCAGUCUAGCAGUGCUAGAGGAUCGGAGGGAUGUUACUUUGACACGUACCACCUACCUAAACAUUGUUGCAGACCAUGUACACCCCUUCAUGACAACAGUAUGGCAGUGGCCUCUUACAGCAGAAUAAUGUGCCCUGCCACACUGCAAAAAUUGUUCAGGAAUGGUUUGAAGAAUGUGACAGAGUUAAGUUGCUGACUUGGCCUCCAAAUUCCCCAGAUCUCAAUCUGAUCGAGCAUCUGUGGGAUGUGCUGGACAAACAAGUCUGAUCCAUAGAGGCCCCACUUCACAACUUAGAGAACUUAAAGGAUCUGCUGCUGUCAACUUGGUGCCAGAUACUACAGCACCUUCAGAGGUCUUGUGGAGUCCAUGCCUUGAUGGGUCAGAGUUGUUUUGGCAGCACAAGGGGGACCUACACAAUAUUAGGCAGAUGGUUUUAAGAUUAUGGAUGAUCUGUUUACCUACCAUGUAGCCACACUCAUUAGCUAUUUAAUCAAGUGCACUUACCGUAUACACUCAUGUACAAUUUACAUUUAUGGCACUUCAAUGACUCUCUUAUCCAGAACGACUUACAGAAGUGCUUUGAGGUCCCUAUAAGUAAACACAUCCAUUGGUUCACUAUGUCAGAGACUAUAAAAACCCUUUUUGGAGAGGUUAAUAUAGACACCAUCCAGUUUAUUAGGAACACCAUUACCCCUGCAGAUUGAUGCAAUUAUCCAAUCAGCCAAUCAUGUGGCAGCAGUACGAUGUAUAAAAUCAUGCAGAUGCAAGUCAAGAGCUUCAACUAGUGGUGGGUGAUCUGGGUACAGGAGCAGGCAACAUGAAGCUGAAGGUAUAUCGUGGCACUGGGCUGCUCAGUGAGAACACCCUGCUGGACUUGCCCACCGGUCUGGUGUCUUUCCUCAUGGACCAACAUGAGCCACGUACCCCUGCCAUCGCUGUGGCCUCAGGCCCCUUCAUCUACAUCUAUAAGAACCUGCGGCCCUAUUUCAAGUUCACUCUGCCCACUCUGGAGGUCAACCCCCUGGAGCAGGAUGUAUGGAAUCAGGCUAGAGGGGAUAUGAUUGACCCAAUGACACUAAAAGAAAUGUUAGAGGGUAUAAGAGAUAAGGCUGAAAUUCCACUAUCAGUCAGAUCGCUACGGUUUCUCAUGCUUGAACCACAGGAAAUGGAGUCUUAUGUAAACCUCCAGAAAGAGCAGCCCAUACGCAGACAGACAAUCAUUACAUGCAUAGGGACACUGAAGAAGAACAUGGCGGAUGAUGAUGCAGUCAGCUGUCUGGUCAUCGGCACAGAAAGUCAAGAUGUUUAUAUCUUGGACCCGGAAGCCUUUACCAUUCUCUCAAAGAUGUCCCUUCCCAGUGUGCCUACACUCAUGGAUGUGACUGGUCAGUUUGACGUCGAGUUCAGAAUCAUCGUAGCCUGUCGAAAUGGGAACAUCUAUAUACUGCGCAGGGACUCGCAGAAGCCCAAGUACUGCAUCGAGCUGUCCUCUCACCCUGUUGGGCUGAUCAGGAUGGGGAAGAAUGUGGUGGUGGGCUGUGCUCAGGAGACUAUGCAGAGUUUCACUCAGAAGGGGAAGAAACUAUGGACGACUUAUCUGCCUGCUCCAGUCACCACUAUGGCCCUUCUGGACUUGCCCACACGGGGCUUCCAGGCUAUACUGGUGGCCCUGGCCAACUGUGAGGUCCAUGUGUACCGGGACAAGAAUGUAGUCAGCACCAUCAAAACGCAGGACGUGGUGACCAGCAUUUGUUUUGGCCGUUAUGGUCGUGAAGAUGGCACCCUAAUCAUGACCACCAAAGGAGGGGGUCUGAUCAUUAAGAUCCUGAAGAGAACAGCUGUGUUUGAUGACCGGGACUCCAUCUCUGGUCCUCCAAUUGCCCAGAGCAUCCGACUAAAUGUGCCCAAGAAAACCAAACUUUAUGUGGACCAGACCAUGAGAGAAAGGGAGAAUGCUGUGGCCAUGCACAGAGCCUUCCAAAUGGACCUGAGCAGGCUGCGACUAGCUGCAGCCAGGGCCUACGUCAAAGCCCUGGAGUCCAGCCUAACUCCUAUGUCAGCCAGCUUGACAGAACCUCUAAAGAUGAAUGCAGUGGUUCAAGGCUUAGGCCCGUCCUUCAAACUCACUCUGAACAUCCAGAACACAGCAGCAUGCCGCCCUGUAAUGAACCUAGCCAUCAGUUUCCUGUAUGAUGAGAAUUUGUACAGCAUGAGGACAGCCUUCUUUAAGAUCCCUCUGCUGGUUCCAGGGCUAAAUUACCCCAUUGACACCUUUGUGGAGUGUCUGAGUGAUAAAGGGAUUUCAGACAUCAUCAAAGUGUUUGUGCUGAGAGAAGGGAAGAGCACCCCACUCCUCACCGCGCAUAUUAACAUGCCUAUAAGUGAAGGACUGGCACUCAACUAGGAGACAUGGCCAAGAUGGCCUGUAUGUGCACUAGUACUGGAUGAGAUUGUCACUGUCACUGUGGCAUUGUAGCGGCAGGGCUUAGCCAUUAUGCCACAGAGACUGAAGAGCCACUUACUGCAGGUGAUCAGAGAAGCUUGUGCUGGCCAUAGAAGCCGAACUUUAGGUUAAAUCCGAAAGAAGUGUCUUGAUAUGAUUGCUGAAGUCACAGAUGUUUUAUUGUUAAAGGCCACAUAGUUUGGUGCGUGCGUGUGUGUGUGUGCACACAAGUCUAUUAGCUUUUUUGUAAUAUAGUGUUGUAGUUAGUAUGUGUAUUUGUAAGUGCAUUCACUGGCCACUUUAUUAGGAAAACCUAUGCGUCUGUUCAUUCAUGUAAUUCAUUCAUGGACAAAUAGGAAAAAAUCUUAUCUAAUCUUCAGCUGUCCAGUUUUGGUGAGCCUGUAAGCCACUUUCUUUAUCCUGGCUGACAGAAGUGGAACCCAAUGUGGUCUUCACAGUAUGUGACCAUCCCAGUAGUUUCUGAAAUACUCAAUCCAACCUCUCUGGCAUCAACAACCAUGCCACAAUCACAGUGACGGAGAUCACAUUUCCCCUCCCAUACUGUUUAAUGUAAAUAUUAACCAAAAUGCUUGACUUGUAUGUGCAUGUUUUUAUUCAUUGUGCUACUGCAAAAUGAUUGCCUGAUUGGAUAUUUGCAUGAAUGAGCAGGUUUUCCAAAUAAAGUAGUUGAGGAUUGUAUAUUAUUUCUUAUUCCUAAUAGUAUGUAUGGUAUUGUUAUUUUAAGUCUUGCUGUCAUGUUUAAAGGAAUAAAUUGAAAGAAAAUUAAAUCUCUAGUUUUCUUUCA